AUGAAUGGUGAAGAGGAAGCAUGGGAAAAACUAGAUACUGAAUUUGAUCACUAUGUUGUGGAUAUGAAGCCUCAUGUUCUAAAACUGCAGCAUAGGUCAGAAAGACAAAGAUGUGCACUGUGGAUUAAAAAACUAUGUGAACCCUCAGGAGCAGGCACAGGAACAGUGGGAAGGAAGAAUCGGAAUCUCUAUGCCAAACUUCUGCUCCACAUGCUGAAGCAAGGUCUGCUGGAAGGGCCUUUUACACGUAAACCAGACCCAGGAAUACUGAAAACUUUACCCUCAUACAUGUCAAUUUAUUUUGAUGAGCCAAGUUCAACAAGAGUUCGGAGUAGUAGCCCAGACUGCUUACCUGACUGGGUAAUGGGAGAACUGGGGAACAGUGAAUCUAAGUUUGAGGAAUCAUGGAAGGCAUCUUCUCAAGAGGGGUCAUCAGUUGCAACAGUGCUCACAUAUGGGGAAAGAUUCAAGUACACUGAAAAGCCAGCACUAAGAUCACAUUCUAUGAGUCCUCCUCACCAGACAGAUGAAGAUAACCUAGCCACACCACUCUCUGACCAUCAUCAUAAAAAACUCACCUCUUUGGAUGACAGUGACUUUGAAGCACGCCUCAAUAGCUGGAAUCUUGGGUUAGAAAAUCCAAGAUAUUUGCGGGAAAAACCAGUGCCAGUGUCUCUGAUGACCCCCAAAACUGACCUGGGAAAAAGCAGCCCUUCCCGGGAUGAACACGCACUGUGUCGAAUACAUGAAAAGGAGCUGGGCAUGAAAAUGAAAAUAGCAGAACGCAAAUUUCAUGAAGAAAAGCUUAAACUACAGCAGAAGCAUGAUGCUGAUGUUCAGAAGAUUUUGGAUAGGAAGAAUGAUGAAAUAGAGGUAUUGAAGUCCCUUCACAAAAGCAAACUAAAUGAAGCUGAGGAAAUGAAUAGAAAACUGGAGAAAAAAGUCCAGACCCUUGUUCGUGAGUCCCAAGUCGUCAGAGAGGCAAAAGAGAAGCAGAUUCUGGAGCUAAAGAAGAUGUGUGAGCAAAGCAAUGAGUCUUUGAACAAUGAGUGGGAGAAAAGGCUUCACAAUGCUGUGGCAGAGAUGGAGAAGGAGAAGUUUAAUAUUCGGAAGAAGCACACAGAAGAUAUGCAAGAACUGCUUGAGGACACCAACGCUCGCCUUAGCAAAAUGGAGGAAGAUUAUUUGGAACAGAAACAGUCAACUAAUGAGACAGCUAAAAAACUGGAGGCUCGUGUCCAGCAGUUGACUGUUGAAGCUGAAAAUAGUAAUUUGCUACGUCAGAAAUUAUCUCAGGAAAAGGCUGAUGCAGAACAACGUUACCAGGUGGUAUGGUCUGAGCUUCAGGAAAUGAAAGCAAGGCACAGCUCACUUCAGAAAGACAAGGACCAUAUUAUACAGGAAUAUGAGAAGAACAUUCAGCAACUACAAAGUAAAUAUGAUGUUGAUACCAAUUUUAUAAAGCAGGAACAUGCUCUGUCUGCAGCUAAGGCAUCUGAAGUGAUUGAAGAAUUACAGCACAGUGUGUCUCUAUUAAAACAACAGUUACAAGAAUCAGAACAUCAAAGGCAGCAAGAGCUGAAGGAGCAAGAACACAAGCUUCAACAGGACAAACUUCACUGGGAACGUGCUUAUGAAAAACAGGUUCAUGGCAUCCGGAAUGAUCUUGAAAAAGAAAGAGGGGAUGCUCAAAAGAAGAUUCGCAAACUAGAGGAGACUUUGAAGGAGAAGGAGGAGCAGCUGACUCGGGUGACAGAGGUACAGAGGCUGCAAGCCCAGCAGGCAGAUGCUGCCCUGGAGGAGUUUAAGCGGCAGGUGGAGCUGAACUCAGAAAAAGUCUAUGCUGAAAUGAAACAGCAGAUGGAAAAGGUUGAAGCAGAUCUAAGCAGAUCAAAAUCGCUCCGGGAAAAGCAAUCGAAAGAAUUCUCCUGGCAACUGGAGGAGCUCAAGCAAAGAUAUGAGCAACAGAUAGUGGAGCUGAAGCUGGAGCAUGAACAGGAGAAGACGCACCUAUUCCAGCAGCACAACGCAGAGAAGGACAGCCUGGUCCGAGACCACGAACGGGAAAUGGAGAAACGGGAGCAGCAGCUUCGCGCUGCCAUGGCAGAGCACGAGACUCAAACUCAAGAAUGCAGGAAACGAGACGCGCAGGUUAUCUGUGAUAUGGACAACCAAAUCCACAAGCUGAAGGAAGAGCUGAUUCAGGUAAAGGCUCAGCGGACACAGCAACUGCUGGAGCUGAACAAUCAGUGGGAAGAGGAGAAGCAGAGGGCAGCUCGGGACCAUGAGACAGCAAUGAAGAAGCUGAAAAUGGAGGCAGAGAAAAUGGCAUUAGACCUGAAAAAGAUUCACACCACAGAAACAGAGAGAACCUUGGACAAGGCAAACAGCCGGCUGAAGCAGACUGAGAAGGAGUACAGCCAGAAGCUGGCGAAAUCCUCGCAGAUCAUAGCAGAACUUAAGACAACCAUUUCCUCUCUGACAGAGGAGAGCAGCCGGCAGCAGCUUGCCGCAGAGCAGCAGCUCCAAGAAGUGGUACAAAAGUUUGAAGAGAUGAAGCAGCAGCUGAUUACAGAUAAUGACAGAGCACUCAAGGCCUUACAAGAUGAAGUGGAAAGUUACCGCGUGCAGGUGCGGGUUGCAGAGAAGAAGCUGCAGUGCAGGGAGCUGGAGUUCCAUGAUCAGAUAAGCCUCAUACGACAUGAGUAUGAAACCACCCUCAAAGGGCUGAUGCCAGCAUCUUUGAGACAGGAACUUGAAGACACCAUUGUAUCUUUAAAAUCUCAGGUAAAUAUUCUGGAGAAAAGACUCUCUCUCCAGGAAGAGCUGAAUGCCCACCAAGCCAGAAGGUAG